UUCGUUUUCCAUUAUGAGUUUUCACGAUAACGAAAUAAAACUGUGCACAUAAAUAGACUUAUCUAUUGUUAUUCUAAUAUUUAUCAAGUUGAUGGUGAAAAUGACGCUGGCUUUUUUCAAACUCUCAUUGUUAUGUUUAACCGUAUUACAGUUAUCAGCUUCGGAAAAUAUUGACUACUGUCAAUUAUCUUGUGACGGUAUACCGAAUACAGCAUGUGAUCGCAAACAAUUGAAUUGCGGUCCAGGAUCAGCUUGUGGUUACAAUGUUAAAACAAUCCCCAUUGAUCGGAACAAUAUCACGAAUCUUCACAAUUUUUAUAGAAGCAAAGUCGCGACCGGAAAUGAAAAGAGGAAGAGGCAACCUUCAGCUGCUAAUAUGAACGCUGUGACUUAUAAUACAGAAUUAGAGCACGUAGCACAAUGUUGGGCAAACGCUUGUACAUUCGCUCACGACCAUUGUAGAAGAAUAAAAAAUUAUAAAUAUGUUGGACAAAAUGUGGCAAUUUUAUAUACCACAGCUAGUAAUGUAGAUGUGAAAGCGGUUAUAGCUGGUAUGGUUAAAGAUUGGUAUGAUGAAGUAGCAUAUUUCAACCCUGCAGGUGUUAAUUAUUUCACUCCAAGUUCGGCAGGUCACUACACACAAAUGGUGUGGGCAAAUACGAAAGAAAUCGGAUGUGGAAUGACUUAUUAUAAAAAAGGCUGGAAUAAUUACUUACUUGUUUGUAAUUACGGUCCUGGUGGAAAUAUUAUUGGUAUGCCAAUGUACGAAAUUGGAUCGCCAGCAUCGCGGUGUCAGAGACGCUCAAGACACAAAAAUUACGCAGGAUUAUGUUUGACGUGAAACUAAUAAUUUGUUAUUUUAUAAAAUUCAAAUAUAAUAUUAUAUAUCAAGUACGAUCAAUA